AAUAGGGAGAGAAAACGAAAAAGAGAGAAAAAAAAAUAUUAUCCUCUACACCUCGAGCUAUCUCGACAAACAGUCGUUUCUGUCGAGUCUAAUCUCAACGAACGAAUCAUCAUCUCGUGAUCAUCGAUAAUUUGAAUUUCACAUCGUUAUCUUCUUCGUGUCUCAUAAUUAUAUUAUUACCUUGUUUUAUACUCUAUAAUUACAUGGACAAUGUAUUUGUGAAAUUAAGUAUUAUAACAAGUGUUAACGUUAGUGUCGAUAUUUCGAAAAUUUCGGUGAUUAGAAGUGUGCGAGUGUGAUCAUGAAAAACUUUCAUCAAAUAUUGGAAUUAUAAAGAAAUAUAUAUAUAUAUAUAUAUAUAUAUAUAUAUAUAUAUGUCGAUGUGAUAUGAAUGAUAAAAAGUGUAGAAGAAUUUUUUAUGUUAACGGACGAUAAAUGAUAUCGUUUAUUUUUCAAGAAAUAAAAAAUGUCGGAAGAACGUACGAUGACCUCGGAAGCUUCCAAAACGGCAAGUAAUGCCGUCGAUACGUCCAAAGUUUCAUUCAGUAUCGAAAGAUUAUUAGCGCCGAUCGUGAAACCGAAUAACGAAGAGAACAAUUUAUUGCAGAGAGCACAUUUUUCUUUACGUGUAUGCGAUCCAAAUGACUCAGAAACGAAAAUACUUGUAACACCCGAUUCAUCAGUUUCAAUGGCGGAAGAAAUCGAGCUUGAUGAUACUGAUAUGGUUUGUUCUACUUCUCCUGAGCCAGAAAUGUGUUAUGAGGCGUGUACAAGCAGUAGCGGAGCCAAUUCUACGACAGGUGUGGAAAGGGAGAUUCAAGAAAGAACUGCCAACGCGAUUAGCGACGAUGAGAGGAAGAAGAGACCACGUACUGCGUUUACAGCUGCACAAAUAAAGUCAUUAGAGGCUGAAUUUGAAAGGAACAAGUAUUUAAGUGUAGCGAAGAGAUUACAACUUAGCAAGACUUUGAAACUUACCGAAACUCAGAUUAAAAUUUGGUUUCAAAAUAGACGGACCAAGUGGAAAAGAAAAUAUACCAACGACGUCGAAUUAUUGGCUCAACAAUAUUACUCGAGUUUGGGUAUACCUGCACCAAGGCCAAUUUUUGUUGGAGAUCGUUUAUGGUUCUUCAAUUAUCCAACGCAAUCUCAACCGGGUGCUACAUUUUUCCCGCAACAUUUGACACCAUUACCUUUACCACCCGCUUUGCCAAUCGUACAACCAUUACCUAGUAAUUUGCCAACUGGACAACAAUCUCCUAUUUUUCAUAAUGUAUCUUUAAGUCAUCCUACCCAUCAUCUUACACAGAGAUUAGAUUUUAGGCAUCAGGAACCUUAAGUUAAUUCGUUAAUUAUUAUAUUGACGAGAGGUGCAAUACGUGUACAGAAAUUGCUCGUUCGAACAUUGAUAUCUCGCUGUUAUCUUUUUAUAUAAUUGCAUUUAUAAUAAGGAUACUUAAUAUACGUACAAAAUAAAUAAUAUUCUAAUUA